GCUGAACGCAACACGUUAGUGAAUGAGCGCGCGCACGGGAGAUCAACGCCGUACGCGGACGCUCACGCAAGCUUUAAAUCGCGGGGAUGUUUUCCAUCAUAAUACAUUUCCAGCGGGCGACCUCGUUUAAACACGCGACGGAGUGUUUCCAGUAGGAGUUUGCGUGCGUUUUGGGGAAGACUUCCGAGCUGCGCGGAGGACCGAUCAGCGGGAGAGAGCGCAGCGCGCAGCCGGAGGAGAGUGCGCACACGCCGGGCUCUGCCCUGCCAGACAUGGCUGAUCAGCGGGGCGCUGCAGGGGUCUCCAGAAAGACGCUCGAUGCUCCCCACUGAAGAACCAGACGAUGAUGAAGGUGAUGAGAAGCGGCUCUCCGCAAUGAGCUAUCCGCCCGCGGUUCGGAACAUGGCUGUGAUCAUCCCCUACACCAGUGAUGUUCCCUGUGACGCCAGAGGCCAGAGGAUGUGGUGGGCUUUCCUCGCCUCCUCCAUGGUCACUUUCUUCGGGGGUCUGUUCAUCAUCCUGCUGUGGAGGACCCUCAAGUACCUGUGGACGGUGUGCUGCCACUGCAAGACUAAAAAGAAGAACCUGCAGCGGGUCAGUAACCCGGCGGGGCUCGGGGACGGUGUGACUAAAGCAGCGGCGGUGGUCAGCGAGGUGGGAUGGAUGACCUCAGUGAAGGACUGGGCCGGGGUCAUGAUCUCUGCUCAGACGCUCACGGGACGCGUGCUGGUGGUGCUCGUCUUCGCUCUGAGCAUCGGAGCACUUGUGAUUUACUUCAUCGACUCCUCCAAACCCAUCGAAUCCUGUCAGCAAUUCGACAAGGACUACACACUGCAGAUCGACAUGGCCUUCAACGUGUUUUUCCUCCUGUACUUUGGACUGCGUUUCAUCGCAGCCAAUGAUAAGCUGUGGUUCUGGCUGGAGGUGAAUUCGGUGGUGGAUUUCUUCACCGUGCCGCCUGUGUUUGUGUCCGUGUAUCUGAACAGGAGCUGGCUGGGACUGAGGUUCUUAAGAGCCUUGAGGCUGAUCCAGUUUUCAGAAAUAUUACAGUUUUUAAAUAUCUUAAAAACAAGCAACUCCAUAAAGUUGGUGAAUCUGUGCUCAAUCUUUAUAAGCACAUGGCUGACGGCAGCGGGCUUCAUUCAUUUGGUGGAAAACUCAGGGGAUCCUUGGGAAAACUUCCAAAAUUCCCAACCGCUUUCCUACUGGGAGUGUGUGUACUUACUCAUGGUAACCAUGUCCACAGUGGGUUAUGGAGAUGUGUGUGCUAAAACAACCCUCGGACGCCUUUUCAUGGUCUUCUUCAUUCUCGGAGGAUUGGCCAUGUUUGCCAGCUACGUUCCUGAAAUCAUAGAGUUAAUAGGAAACCGCAAGAAAUAUGGUGGUUCCUAUAGCGCAGUGAAUGGGAGAAAACAUAUCGUCGUCUGCGGUCACAUCACACUGGAGAGCGUCUCCAACUUCCUCAAAGACUUCCUGCACAAGGACAGGGAUGAUGUCAAUGUAGAAAUCGUUUUUCUCCAUAAUAUUUCCCCUAAUCUUGAGCUGGAAGCCUUAUUCAAGAGACACUUCACACAGGUGGAGUUUUACCAGGGAUCCGUCCUCAACCCUCACGAUCUCGCUCGAGUCAAGAUUGAGUCGGCCGAUGCCUGUCUGAUCUUAGCCAAUAAAUAUUGUGCAGAUCCUGAUGCUGAAGAUGCAUCCAAUAUCAUGAGGGUGAUAUCCAUUAAAAACUACCAUCCAAAGAUCCGAAUCAUUACACAGAUGCUGCAGUACCACAAUAAGGCUCAUCUUCUCAACAUCCCGAGCUGGAACUGGAAGGAGGGCGAUGACGCCAUCUGCCUCGCCGAGCUAAAGCUGGGCUUCAUCGCCCAGAGCUGCCUGGCACAGGGUCUGUCCACCAUGCUGGCCAACCUGUUCUCCAUGAGGUCCUAUAUCAAGAUUGAAGAAGACACAUGGCAGAAGUAUUAUUUAGAGGGAGUAGCCAAUGAAAUGUACACGGAGUAUCUGUCCAGUGCCUUCGUGGGUUUGUCUUUCCCCACCAUUUGUGAACUCUGCUAUGUGAAGCUGAAACUCUUGCUGAUCGCGAUCGAGUAUAAAUCAGACCAGAGAGAGAGCAGCACGCUGAUUAACCCGGGCAAUCAUGUGAAGAUGCAGGAGGGAACUCUGGGCUUCUUCAUCGCCAGUGAUGCCAAGGAAGUGAAGAGGGCGCUUUUCUACUGUAAAGCUUGUCAUGAUGACAUUACAGACCCAAAGCGAAUCAAGAAGUGUGGAUGCAAACGGACCAAGAAGUCUGCCUACAAGAGAAUGCAUCUGGCAUGUUGUGUAGCUUGCGGUGGGGCAGAACGAGGCUGCUCGUGCAUGUCAGACAGUGUGGCUAGUAACAUGGAGGUUCUGCACCGUGGCUUCUCCUCCUCUCCCGUGUCUCUGUAUGAUAACGCGACCAAUUUAUGCUCCUCUAAAAGUAACUAUAACGGAUACAUCAAAUCAAUAAACGAUGAGCUCAGUCCAACAUUCCAGCCCCAGAAUCCCAAACCUGCCCUAAUGCGAGCUCAGUGCGCAGUAAGAGCGUCUCCUGCUGUCCCGGGCGUCCGUGUGCCAGCGCCUUUAGUAAAUAACCGUAAAGCCAGUCUGCUGUCUCCGGCUGCAUUAUAUCUGCACAGACUCAGUCUGGCCAGCUCUAGAGAGCUGUAUCAGAGCAGCAGCGCUGGCUCAGGAGCAUCUGAUGUCACUCGCCUGCAUCGGGCCUGUAGUCUGCCUGUUAAAUACAGAUAUCAUUCCAGCCACGGCUCCAGCUCCACCAUCGGCUCGCACACGCUCUUAGUGGACGAGGAGCAGCAGUCGACUCUGUCGCCCAAGAAAAAACAGCGUAACGGAGGGAUGAGAACGUCGCCCACAUGCUCGCCCAAAACAAUAAGGCACGACCCGUUGUUGGUCCCUGGACACGAUCAGAUGGAGACAAUGGAUGAGAACAUAAAGAAAUAUGAUUCGACGGGAAUGUUUCACUGGUGUCCAUCAAAAGACAUCGAGAAGGUCAUGCUGACUCGCAGCGAGGCGGCCAUGACGGUUCUGAGCGGUCACGUGGUGGUGUGUAUUUUCGGCGAUGUGAAGUCUGCUCUGAUUGGUCUGCGUAACCUGGUGAUGCCUCUGAGAGCCAGUAACUUCCACUAUCACGAGCUGAAGCCCAUCGUAUUCGUGGGCUCUCUGGAGUAUCUGAAGAGAGAGUGGGAGACGCUACACAACUUCCCCAAAAUCUCCAUCUUACCCGGGACUCCACUGAGUCGGGCCGAUCUGAGAGCGGUCAACAUCAACCUGUGUGACAUGUGCGUCAUCCUCUCGGCCAAUCAGAACAACAUCGACGACGCCUCUCUGCAGGAUAAGGAGUGUAUUCUGGCGUCCCUCAACAUCAAGUCCAUGCAGUUUGAUGACAGUAUUGGACUCCUGCAGGCCAACUCUCAAGGUUUCACUCCUCCUGGCAUGGAUCGCUCGUCUCCGGAGAACAGUCCCGUACACAGAUUGGUGCGAAAGACGUCUAUAACCACCGGAGCAAACAUUCCCAUCAUCACAGAGCUCGCUAAAACAGAGAAGGUGCUGCCCCUGGUUUCUCUGAGCCAGGACAAGAGCAGCGGGAACAACAUCCCGAUGAUAACGGAGCUGGUGAACGACUCAAACGUCCAGUUUCUGGACCAGGACGAUGACGACGAUCCUGACACGGAGCUGUACCUCACGCAGCCGUUCGCCUGUGGGACAGCGUUCGCCGUCAGCGUGCUGGACUCAUUAAUGAGUGCCACGUACUUCAAUGAUAAUAUUCUGACUCUGAUCCGGACGCUGGUGACCGGUGGAGCGACGCCGGAGCUGGAGGGUCUGCUGGCGGAGGAGAACGCACUGCGUGGAGGAUACAGCACACCGCAGACACUGGCCAACAGAGACCGAUGCCGCGUGGCACAGCUGGCGCUUUACGACGGACCCUUCGCUGACCUCGGGGAUGGAGGCUGUUAUGGUGAUUUAUUCUGUAAAGCAUUGAAGACGUACAACAUGUUGUGUUUUGGAAUCUACCGAUUAAGAGACGCACAUCUGGGAGCACCCAGCCAGUGCACCAAACGAUACGUGAUCACGAAUCCUCCGUACAACUUCGAGCUGGUGCCUACAGAUCUGAUCUUCUGCCUGAUGCAGUUUGACCACAACGCCGGCCAGACGCGCUCCAACCUGUCGUCCAACUCCACCUACUGCCCGAGCAAGAAGAGCCCAUCCGCCCUCUCCAUCCCCUCAUCCGCCCGGCCGGGACGCAGCCGGAGCCGCGACCUGCGCGACAAACAGAAUGUGCCCAGGACGAAUAAAGGGGUUUCAGAUAAAACCUGGUACACUGACGAACCUGAAAACAGCUUCCCUAGAAACACACAAACUAAACACACCAACACACACACAGCCAAUCAGACCAGCCAGUACAAAUCCACCAGCAACAUCAUCCAGCCAAUCAGAGAAGUGGAGGAGGAGCCUUGAGAUGACCUCAUCUGGACUCAUCAGAUCUGCCAGUUCAGUGGUCAAAUACUUUUAUAUGAGCCACUGGUUGUUGAAAUAAGUAUCAGAUUUGCUAAAUAGAGUGUAAUAGAUCUAGAAGAGAUGAGCGUAGAAUGCACUGCACUUAAUUCUAACUAUGAGCUACACACCUGUGAUGUCCAUCACUCACAACAGCAUAGAGUUGUCAUUUUCUGUGAAAUCAGCCGAAGAGCGUCAGUGUGGGAUCAGGUUAUCCGCCACAGGUCGAGCAGAGCGGGCGCAGGUCCUCUCUCCGUCCGGCUCGGGAUUGGCCACCGGAUCCAAAACCAAUCCAGAAGCUGCACACAUCAAAUCUAGAAAAUCAGUCCAAUGGCAGCUUCGCCGUGUUCUCGUACCAAUGAUUAUGCACCGAAGCAAUAAAUCUGCUGUUUCACUUGAGAUUUGUUGUGCAUUUUAAUGGGGUUUUACCUCAAUAAUGCAUCGCGAGGUUUAAUGAAUGUCAGUAAUGUAAAGGAUAGAGGCAUGUAGAACGUUAAACGUCCUUUUGAGAAGAAUGAAACGCAUUCCACAUCUUGUGCUGAUAGAUUUGAUCUGCAGUGUUUCUUUAGCUGUUCGCUUCCAAUCUCAGCCUUUUGCUGUUAAUAUCAAAGUGCAUUUAUAUAUCGCCUUGAGCUUCUGUUCACUUCUUCAGUCAUUCCAGUGUUGCAUAUUAAACUGUGAUCAGGUUAAUGGUGAAUAAACACGUCACAUGAGCCUUACCAGAGCUGAUCUGAGAUCAGCAGAGCCGGACUCGAGGGAGGACCUGCAAAAGACCCGCUCCAGCGAAAAGUGGCCCUGAAAUCGAUAAUAAAAAUAAUGCGACAAAGUUUAAGAUUUAAACACUGGAUGACUGAAGUGUGACGUGUGUUUGCUCAUGGUGUAUGUAAUUUCAGUGAUUCACACAAGCAGACGUGUUUAAAGGGAAAUGUCUUAAGUGUGAAUCAUGUGGUUUAAUAUGUUGAAGGAAGAGAGAAGUGACUUGUGUGCUGCUGCAGUAUUUAACAUUAUAUACUUGACAACGCAAAUACAAUAUAUUAUAAUGUACAAAAGGCUGUAAAUAAAAUGUACAUGAUUUUAUUUUGUAUUUUCACAGAAUAAAUAUGGCUGUAUUCGUGUU